AUGGCAGAACGUAAGGAGGCAAGUUGGCAACUAUUCAGUGAGGAGCUAAAGCAUGCGCUGACAACUCUGACUCAGCCGCUGCUCCCAGGCUAUGUAGACGAAGCGAAUCGCACUGAUAACAAUGGGCUUCAAACUGUGUUGAAUGAGGUGAUCGAUUGGGUCACAGAACACCCACCUAAAGAGAAAGAGAUCCCCAAAGCUUUAGCACGCUUGGCUUGUGUGAUGUCUGUCCAAAUUAAGAGACAAGACGAAGCCAUGGGGAGGGCCCAAGAACAGAUACGGGCACAAAUGAAGGAAAUUGAUGAUCUCAAGGAGGAGCUGGGAGGCACUGAAAGGGCUCUACAGCAAGCUCAAGACCGUUUGGAUGAGAUGCAAGCAGAGGCCUCCAUCCCAAACAUGAUCAAGACCCUUCCUUAG